AUGGAGCUCAAAUUGCGCGAGCUAAGCUCCGGGCCUCGCGUCGAUAAUGAGCCCGUGUGGCAGUUCCUUGACCGGUGCGAGCAAAUGGAGGAAAUGGCGCGGCGCGAGCACCAGGGCGAAUCGACACAGAUGGGACUGCCGUGUGGCCUCGGUCUGGACCGCGGGCGGGCGGUGAAACACCUUGGCUCGUUUGUGUACGACCCCACUGGCCCCUCGGGGCUCUCUCCCGAGUUGCUCGUGCAGAAUGUCGGGGCCACCGUCGAGAUGCGCAUUAGCGGGCGCACCAUCGGCCUCGGCAUCACUGAGGAUGAGUGGCAACAGGAAGAAGCGCGCCUACAGAAAGAGGUGCUGGACCGCAUGGAAAAGGAGGCACGCAAUGGAGGCACGCCGUCGGUGGGUGUCUCGCCUUCACCGGCGUCGGUGCCGCCGGCCGAUCUCUUCCGUGGCCGCUGGCGCCUCGGGUGGCGCGGCUUGGAGCAUGCACGUAUCAACCGCGAAAUCCGCCUCUCGCAAACGUGGCAUGAGCAGCAGCAGCAAGCGCACCGCGACAAGCGCCUGCGGCGUUCACUGCUGCCCACGUACCGCGCGCGUAGCAUGGCACCUGCCCGGCCUGUCUCGGACGCACAGCUCGAACAGGCAGCAUGGGACUUUUGGGCGCAGCCGAGUCUCGAGCAGCGGAAGCUGUGGGGCACUGACGUGUACACGGACGACUCGGACGUGCUGGCCAUGUGCGUACAUGCGGGCUGGAUUGAGGCGCCCCCGAUCCCUGGCGUGCCCGAGUGGCUCAGUGGCGGCGGCAGCCGCCGUGUGGCGCAGGCGUGGACCACGCUCUCUGAGCGCCAAGCCAAGGCAACGGGGGAGCCUCUGCCACAACGGCCGCCGGCAGAGCCAGUGUCGCUGGUCCCCCACUCGACGUGCGACCUGUCUGUGAUUCUGCGUAUCGCGCCGAAGCUGAUACUGUACAAGGGAUGCCACCGCGGGGGUGUACGGAGCCGCAGCUGGGGCAACACCCACGACGGUGUCAGCCUUGUCGUCGAAAGCGUCGAGCUGCGCGCACCCAACUAUGCGGCCGGCACGGGGCGGCGCUCGAUGAAGGCGCGCCUCCGGCACAUGGCCCAACUGCGCAUGCUCGCCGCAGCUGUGCCGGUUCCCCGCGCGCUGGCAGCCAGCAAUGCAGCUGGGCCACCGGCGACGGAGGACGACGCGGCGCCGGCCUUGGCGCUGCCGCGGCUUGCUGCGCCAGGCACUCGGUCGUUCUGGGAGGUACAGCCGGUAUCGUCUCGCAAUACGGACACGCAGUGGCUGCCUUUCUGUAUGCGACGCAAUACACCCAAGGCCUCCUGGCUGUGA